GUUGCUAGACGACUGAUACAUUGAAACGAAGCUCAUGGAUAAAACGGAAACGAAAAAGACUGUCGUCUUGUUUAAAAUAGCUAAAUGCAUACUGUAGGCCCAACUGUUUUUGAAAGAACUGGCACAGUUGUCAUACAAGACAUCUUGCAAUAGCUCACCAGCAAAACAUGCUUCUUCAUGCUCUCAAGAUACACUGGAAGUGGUGCAUGAUUGCUAAGGCUGCUAAGCUAAUUCUUAUCAAAUUUCGUCUUUCUCUUUGGCCGUGAAAAAAAAUCGGAAGAUGGUGCACAACCUCCGAAUUCAAUAGUUGUGAAUAUUGCUGCGUUUGAUGUCAUUCGUACCAAUCUGAUUCGUUCAUUCGAAGCAGAAAUAUGAGGCUGAAAUCUGUACAGAGAUUGUGUUUUAACAAAGGCACAUAAUUUACAAUUCUGAACGUGUACGUCUGAUAUCUUCACGUUUCCUUGUUUUUGGAGAAUCCAACCAUGUCUUUGGGUGCCAGUGAUUUCCUCACGGAUGAAGAGCUCGAGGAGUUGGGUGAGGAUGGCCACUCCCAUAUUACGUAUGUCUCCGAUUCAGACAAGAAAGUACGAAAAAAGAAGACACUGAGCAAACCCCCACUCUCACCCAGGUCUCCAUACUUGACCAGUGCCAGUCUGAACCCCAGGAGGUCAGUAGCCUCCACUUGGAGAACAGCCCUGAGCCAGUCCCCCAUGAAGGGGGACUAUGAGCUGCCCCAGAGCAGGACGGCCAUGCCUGCCACCACCCCAGAGUACCUGAAGGAGGCCUUCGGCAUGAAGAAGCCCAAGCACUCGCGCUCCGCCACCAACGGUUACGUCCCUGGCACUCCGGACUUCAAGGAGAAGGAGGACAUGUAUGAUGAGAUUCUUGAGCUCAAGAAGGCUCUGCAGGCUCAGAAGGAGGACGGCGAUCGCAUGAAAGCCAAACUGCGUCGCCUGGAGGAAGAGAACACGAAGAAGGAGAAACAGAUCCAGCAGCUUCUGGAUCCCACCAGAGGUCCCGAGUACACAAGGAGUCUAGUGGACAAGAAGACAGAUGGCAAAUCGGUGGUGCAUGGCCUGAAGCAGAAGGUGCUGAGACUGGAGCAGCAGUGUAGAGAGAAGGAGACGGCGCUGAGUAAGCUUCAGAGUGAAUUAAGAACAACAAACAUGGAGGAAAUGAAGAUCACCAUGGAGACGUACUACGAGGAGGUCCAGAGGCUCAGAGUAUUACUUGAAUCUGCAGAGAAAAGUAAUAAGAUAGAGAGCACAGAGAACCGGAGGCAGCAGAAGGUUCUGCGGGCGACGGUGCUGAAGCUGACGCAGAGCGUGAAACAGCUGGAGGAGGAGAACGCCAGACUCAAAGAGGAGGCGGAACAGGAAGUCAGCAUUGUCACCGAAAGUCCCGCCAACCGCGCCAAAGGGUACAUGGAGUGGAGCAAACAGAGACUGGUCAGGCGGCUACUGGACACGGAGAGGAGGCUGGAGGAGCUGAGACAUCGGCACACAGCGAAAGACUCCGCAGUGAAGAAGAAUACAGAGGAUUCCCAUCUCAUUACCACGGCAACGAGGCCUGAAGAAUGCGCAGUCAAGGGCACGUUGAUGGCAGCGCGGCGUGAGACGGUGUCCGUGUCCACGGAGACGGACAGGAGCGGGAGCACGGCGGGAGAUGGCGUGGUGGCGGAGCUGAGACAGGAGUGUGUGCGUCUGAAGGGCGUGGCGCGGAGACUCCGAGAGGAGAGGAGCGCCCUGCAGGAGAGCCUCGCCAAGAAAGAUGAGGAGCUGAGGGGCGUGGCUACAGCUAGGGAGGAGGCUGCCAAGGAGGCCGAGAAGAUACUGAGUGAACGAAUGGCAGAGCACGAAAACCAGGCACAGCAGUACAGAGAGGAGAUCCAAAACCUGUCCGCUAAAAUCAGAGACAAGCAGAACCAACUAGAAGAAGAAAAGAAACUAACACUGGUCCACGACUGUAAUCAGGUGCAGGAAGAUCCUUCAUCAGAGGGACCAUCAUCUUCAUCAGCGGCAACAGCAGCUAAUGAUGAAGAGCAGAGCAGGAGGGACCAGGCAGCGAAGGUCAUCCAGACACACUGGCAUGCACAUCGAAUCAGGGAUAUUGUCUUAAUCCAGUCGGCGCUGAGAAGUCACCUCAGCAGACAGAAACACCUACUCACCCUCAGGGAACAGGCUAGCGCUACUCACAGCAAUAACACACAGAGCAACCAAUCGCAGGACGGCGGACCUGGGGUUCGGCGUCCCAGCACGAGUCGUGAUGGUUUGGAGGAAGAGGAAGUGACACUGCUGCAGUCCGUGUUCCGAGGACACCUGAGGCGCUGCACUCACAUAGCUGACAGGGCGGCUGUAGAGAGAGAAGCAGGAGCUGCAGUGAAGGGGACUCUUCCUCCUCCUCUGUCAUCGUUAUCAUCAUCAUCAUCGUCAUCGUCAUCAUCAUCUGUGACUCCAGCUGCCGCAGCAUCAUCAGUCAUACACACACCAGCGGCCCAGCA